AUGAAGUAUUUGGGUAAGGAAUACUUCUUAGCACUGUUUGCAAAAACGAGAAGCGAUCGAAUUCCUCGGGGAACGGUCACAGUAUCUGCUUUAGAUAAGAUAGCAAGGGUUGAAAUCUUCCUGAACUCUACUGUACAGUUUCAGAAUGCCAUGUAUUACAACGGCGACAUUUUGAUAUACAUUCUUCGUCCAUUCGAAUCCUUACAGCUUCGUCCGAAAUAUACAAAUAUAACGGGUUCUCGUGUCGUCGCGAACACCUCUGUUACAGUAACAGUUGGCGCUGAUUGUGUCAAUGUUCCCGAAGACAUCAAGUAUUGUGACCAUCUGUCAGAACAAUUAGCACCAUUAGAAGCAUGGGGAAUACUCUAUGUGCUAAGCCCAUUCCCAAUGAGACGGUCUGGAUAUCUAUUUCAGAUAGUAGCUGGUCGGGAUAGAACAACGGUACGCUUCCACAACGGAACUGCUGUGGAAAUGAACAUGGGUGAUUAUAUAACAGUUGAUAUUUCAUCCCAAAACAUGACCUUCGUAUCUGCAGACAAGCCCAUUUCCAUCUUUCAGUAUGUCAAAGGGAAAACCUCAGACAGCAUGACUAAUUCUGACCCUUCAAUGAUUCGAGUCAUUCCGAUCGAACAAUAUGUAAAAAGCACAGUCUUUCCUGUACAAGAAGCUAGCAGAUUGUCAACGUUGACGAACAUUGAUACCAUCUAUCUUGAAAUCACCUCCGAGUGUAAAUACUUGAAGAACAUUUCGGUUUUCCAAAACUAUCAACCAUUGUCAAUAGAGUGGAUAGAGGCAUAUUCUCUUAAGAUACUAAACGGAACUGAAAUAUGUUCUAGAUGGUCGGUUGUUACCCAUGGUAGAUAUUCCGUAGAAAGCGACCGUGUCAUCACGGACGACGGACAUACAAUCUACCCCAGGUUUCGUGCAGUCGUAUACGCCAAUGGUGAUGGUGAAUCUUUCGUUUACCGAGCAGGAUCAAACGAUAGAACAUUGAAUUCUGAAUCAGAUAGUGCUACGAAAACAGGUCACUUUCUAGUUUUGAUCAAACCUCAUAUCGUCACCGUAGAGGCCACUGAACUCGUCGUAUCCUGGGUGAUAACAGAGGAUGGGGUUGGUCUCUUUGAUAGGUGCACUGCAUUUAUUACAGGAGACGCCAUAGCCCGAUCUGUCCUUAUCAACACCGAGCCACCUGUAAGCCUUUCAGGACUUCUUCCAGGAACCAAGUACUCCAUCAGGAUCAACUGCUCCAACAACUUCGGAAUCCAUGACUGGAUUGACUUUCCACCCGAGACCACUCUCAACGCUGUUCCUGAUAGACCUUCUGUUCUAUACGAGGCUGUUGGUGGAAUUGACCGCUACAGCUUUCAAGUCAACGUGCCAUCAUAUACAACAUCAACUGGACAGAUCAGCUGCUAUGAAUUUACCGUUGUCCAACUGCACAGUUCUUCACUGUCGGGGAAACAUUGA